AUGCCUUCUGGACUGUCCAACACUUCCAGCACUUUCAUGAGGCUUAUGAAUCAGGCCAAUGAAUUGUAUAUCUACUUGAAGUGCAGCUUCUUGAUUGAUAAGUUACUGUUCUUAGGCUAUGUGGUUAGUGUGUAUGAGAUUCAUGUUGAUGGAGACAAGGUCCAUGCAGUUAGAGAAUGGCCAACCCUAAAGACAGUGGUAGAUGCGCUCAAUAGGCGAGCAUCUUUGUUGACCACACUACAUACUGAAGUUGUAAGAUUUGAUUACCUCAAAGAGCUAUAUGAGAAUAAUGAGGAUUUUGGUGAUAUUUGGGGGAAGUGUCUACAAACUCAUAUUGCUGUCAAUAGUAUAUAUAUCCAAGAUGGUUUCCUCUUUCAGGAUAAUCGAUUAUGCAUCCCCAAAAGUUCAUUGAAGAAGCAGAUAAUUAGGGAGCUGCAUGGGGAAGGUUCUGGUGGCUAUAUGGGCAGAGACAAGACUAUAGCACAGGUGAUAUAUAGAAGCAGCUAA